AUGUGUCAAGGAGGUGCUGGGGAUAGGAAGGAGGAAGGAGGAAGGAAGCAGGAAGCAGGAAGCAAGGAGGAAGAAGGAAGGAGGAAUGAGGAAGGAAGGAGCGGUCAGAACUCCUCCUCAGAGCUCCUCCUCAAAGCGUCUCCUCAGAGCUCCUCCUCAGAGCGUCUCCUCAGAGCUCCUCCUCAGAGCUUCUCCUCAGAGCGUCUUCUCAGAGCGUCUCCUCAGAGCUCCUCCUCAGAGCGUCUCCUCAGAGCUCCUCCUCAGAGCUCCUCCUCAGAGCGUCUCCUCAGAGCGCCUCCUCAGAGCGUCUCCUCAAAGCGCCUCCUCAGAACGUCUCCUCAGAGCGCCUCCUCAGAGCGUCUCCUCAAAGCGCCUCCUCAGAGCGUCUCCUCAGAGCGCCUCCUCAGAGCGCCUCCUCAGAGCGCCUCCUCAGAGCGCCUCCUCAGAGCGUCUUCUCAGAGCGUCUCCUCAGAGCGCCUCCUCAGAGCGCCUCCUCAGAGCGCCUCCUCAAAGCGUCUUCUCAGAGCGUCUCCUCAAAGCGCCUCCUCAGAGCGUCUCCUCAGAGCGCCUCCUCAGAGCGUCUCCUCAGAGCGCCUCCUCAGAGCGCCUCCUCAGAGCGCCUCCUCAAAGCGUCUUCUCAGAGUGUCUCCUCAAAGCGCCUCCUCAGAGCGUCUCCUCAGAGCGCCUCCUCAGAGCGCCUCCUCAGAGCGCCUCCUCAAAGCGUCUUCUCAGAGCAUCUCCUCAGAGCGCCUCCUCAGAGCGCCUCCUCAGAGCACCUCCUCAGAGCGCCUCCUCAAAGCGUCUUCUCAGAGCGUCUCCUCAGAGCGUCUCCUCAGAGCUCCUCCUCAGAGCGCCUCCUCAGAGCGUCUCCUCAGAGCGCCUCCUCAGAGCGCCUCCUCAGAGCGCCUCCUCACAGCGUCUUCUCAGAGCGUCUCCUCAGAGCGCCUCCUCAGAGCGCCUCCUCAGAGCGCCUCCUCAGAGCGCCUCCUCAGAGCGUCUCCUCAGAGCGUCUCCUCAAAGCGCCUCCUCAGAGCGUCUCCUCAGAGCUCCUCCUCAGAGCGCCUCCUCAAAGCGUCUUCUCAGAGCGUCUCCUCAAAGCGCCUCCUCAGAGCGUCUCUUCAGAGCGCCUCCUCAGAGCGCCUCCUCAAAGCGUCUUCUCAGAGUGUCUCCUCAAAGCGCCUCCUCAGAGCGUCUCCUCAGAGCGUCUCCUCAGAGCUACUCCUCAGAGCGCCUCCUCAAAGCGUCUUCUCAGAGCAUCUCCUCAGAGCGCCUCCUCAGAGCGCCUCCUCAGAGCACCUCCUCAGAGCGCCUCCUCAAAGCGUCUUCUCAGAGCGUCUCCUCAGAGCGUCUCCUCAGAGCUCCUCCUCAGAGCGCCUCCUCAGAGCGUCUCCUCAGAGCGCCUCCUCAGAGCGCCUCCUCAGAGCGCCUCCUCAAAGCGUCUUCUCAGAGCGUCUCCUCAGAGCGCCUCCUCAGAGCGCCUCCUCAGAGCGCCUCCUCAGAGCGCCUCCUCAGAGCGUCUCCUCAGAGCGUCUCCUCAAAGCGCCUCCUCAGAGCGUCUCCUCAGAGCUCCUCCUCAGAGCGCCUCCUCAGAGCUGCAUGUGGGUCGUGUGUGAGAGGAAUGGGAAUGAGGCGUCAGAUAAAAAUGACCAAAGUGAAUCCGAGAGGUUUGAUAUUCUCUGUCAAAGGUCAGAGGCCCCUGUAACGCUGUCAUCAGGCCCCUGUAACGCUGUCAUCAGGCCCUGUAACGCUGUCAUCAGCCCUGUAACGCUGUCAUCAGGCCCCUGUAACGCUGUCAUCAGGCCCUGUAACGCUGUCAUCAGCCCCUGUAACGCUGUCAUCAGGCCCCUGCCCUGUAACGCUGUCAUCAGGCCCUGUAACGCUGUCAUCAGGCCCUGUUGUCAUCAGGCCCCUGUAACGCUGUCACCAGGCCCCUGUAACGCUGUCAAUCAGGCCCCUGACGACCACAGACUGAAGCCUGAUGACCUGGCGCAGCGGUACGGCCUGGACCUAGCACAGGGCCUGACCAACGCCAAAGCGGCGGAGGUCCUGGCUCGUGACGGUCCUAACGCCCUGACUCCGCCCCCCACGACCCCAGAGUGGAUCAAGUUCUGCAGGCAGCUGUUCGGAGGCUUCUCCAUCCUGCUCUGGAUCGGGGCCUUCCUCUGCUUCUUCGCUUUCGGCAUCCAAGUGGCAACAGAGGACGAGCCGGUCAACGACAACCUGUACCUGGGAGUGGUGCUGGCGGCCGUGGUCAUCAUCACCGGCUGCUUCUCGUACUUCCAGGAGGCCAAGAGCUCGCGCAUCAUGGACUCCUUCAAGAAGAUGGUCCCCCAGCAUCGCUCACAAACGCUUUAA